AUGUUCAUUGUUAAUAAAACGACUAAUACUAACUCAUAAUCAUAACCAGAUCUAUAAGAAUAUUAGAAUUCAUUUAAUAAUGAGGAUCCACGUAGGAAUUAUAGUGUUACACUUUAUGAUAGAGUUAAAAAGGUUAAUUCUGAUCAAAAUCCAAAACAAUAAUUAUCAUAAUAAUUAUCAAAUUUAUCAUUAACUAAAACUACUUAUAAUAGUUUUAAGACCCUUUAUCAAUUUACAUAAAAGUAUUUUAGUUUUUUUCUAUUUUGAAGAACUAUAACAUAAAUUAAAUCAAAAUAGGAAAUAACUAUAAGUUAAAAUUUUGUCUCUUCAAUGAAAGAAUCAAAUUAAUUUAUGUAUAAAGUGGCCAAAAAAAUGUCAUCUUUUAUUAAAACUAAUAAAUUAGUUAUUGUACCACCUCAAAAAAUAAUUGGUAAUUGGGUUUAGUAAUUGAAAUCUAAAUGUUUGAAAAAGAAAACACCUUAAAAUUCUCAGUAUCCAAAUCACAAUACUGGAUUUAGGGAUGAAGAUGAUGAUCUUAUUAUAAUAUGA